UAAUCACUAUGUAACUAAAAGUAACAUAAAAAAUAACCUGUACAUACACAAUCAAUGAAUCUGCUAUAUCAAUUAAUCUGUUACACAAUCAAUGAAUCAAAAAGAGAAUCAAGAUAAUAGCAAAUACAACUUUAUAUCUUUCUUACAACAUGACAUGCAAGUAAUAGCAUAUGAGUUGAACCUGGAGAAAGAAAACAGAAAUGUGUGACUUACGGUCAUAUGUCUGUUAUAAGUACCAUAAGAAACCAAUAGAAAAAUUUGUCCAUACAAUGGCUAUUUCUGGUCAUGUGGGUUGCUUACUGUUUAGUACAUUUGUCCUAUUAGCUAGCCUCUCUGUUGUACCUGCUUCUUCCCCUCCUCAUGUUCAUGGAGUACUGAGAAGGAACAGACAUUCACUUCCUCCUACUUCUUCUUGUUCAUGGAGUACUGAGAAGGAAUAGACAUUCACUUCCUCCUCCUGCUUCUUCUCCCUUUGUAGAAUAUCAUGUCAAAUACUUCACACAGAAUUUGGACCACUUCAGCUUCACUCCACACAGCUAUGCCACAUUUCAACAGAAGUAUCUCAUUAACUCAAAACACUGGGGCAGAGCUUCAUCCAAUUCUCCAAUCUUCCUCUAUACGGGAAAUGAAGGAUAUAUUGAGUGGUUUACUCAAAACACUGGCUUUAUGUUCGACAUUGCACCUCAAUUCAAGGCUCUUCUUGUCUUCAUAGAGCACCGUUACUAUGGCGAAUCAAUGCCAUAUGGGAGUAAAGAUGUAGCUUACAGCAAUGCCACCACAAUGGGCUAUCUAAGCUCCUCUCAAGCAUUAGCUGAUUUUGCUAUAUUGGUCACAGAUCUCAAAAAGAAUUUAACAGCAGAAGAUUCACCAGUAGUUGUAUUUGGAGGAUCUUAUGGUGGAAUGUUAGCCGCCUGGUUCAGACUGAAGUACCCACAUAUUGCAAUUGGGGCAUUGGCAUCAUCAGCUCCGAUUUUGGCUUUCGAUCUCAUCGUACCUCCAGCUGGUUAUGACAACGUUGUCUCAAACGAUUUUAGGAGUGAAAGCCAAAACUGCUUCAAUGUAAUAAAGAAGUCGUGGAAGAUAUUGAAGGAGAUGCCAUCAACUCCAAGUGGCAGAAGAUCUCUCAAAGAAUCUUUCAGACUCUGCAAAGAUAGUGACGUUGAUGGUGUGGAAGGGUGGCUGAAUGGAGCUUACUUUGAAGCUGCAGAAGCAGAUUAUCCAACACCUGCUAACUUUAUUCAGAAUUUGCCAGCCUACCCAGUGAAACAAAUGUGCAAGGCAAUAGAUAAUCCAUCUAGUGGGACCAAUAUCCUAAGCCAACUAUAUGGAGCAGCAAAUAUAUUUUAUAACUAUACGGGAAACAUGACAUGCUUUGAUUUGGGACCCAGUGAUCCACAUGGAGAGGGUGGUUGGGAUUUUCAGUAUUGUACAGAGAUGGUACAACCAUUUGCAGAUGAUCCAGUAGAAAGUAUGUUUCCCGAGUCAACAUUCAGUUAUACAGAUACCAUUCAAGAUUGUGCAUCUACAAAUGGUAUUGAGCCAAGGCCACACUGGAUCACCACCGAAUUUGGUGGUCAUAAUAUCAAGAGGGUGCUUAAGCGAUUUGGAAGUAAUAUAAUAUUUUUCAAUGGAUUGAGAGAUCCUUGGAGCAAUGGAGGGGUAUUAGAAGAUAUAAAUGAAAGCAUCAUGGCAAUCAUUGCUAAGAAAGGGGCACAUCAUGUAGAUCUUAGAUUUGCAACCAUGGAUGAUCCAAAAUGGCUUGUGCAAGUUCGAAAGAAGGAGAUUCGCAUAAUCAAAAGAUGGCUAAUGCAAUAUUACAAGGAUCUUCAUGCAAUUUAAAUUUAAGAUUACGUAUAAUGUAUCUUUCUACAGCUACACAAAUAUUCCUUGUCUUGUGUUGGAUGUUGGAUAGCAAAACUGAAUAGCAAUAUAAAGAUUUGCAUUGUCAACAAAAUUAAAACAGAUACUAUAUUAUUAUAAUUCCUUGACCUUUUUAAUGCCAUUAUUUUCCCUAACUUAUGGGAAUAAACUUUCCAACCAACCUAAUUACAAACUAAUCAGAUUAUUGAAUAUAAACCUUAUUUCCUAA